AUGGAGGAAAAGGGCACUUCCAGUCAUAUCGAUCGCGCAACCGAGGAACAUGGCCUGGGGGGCCUAAUGACAAAGGAAGUCGUCAACCUUGACCCCAAUGAUCCUCAGAACUGGUCCACCGCUGCCAAACUCACCACCUACCUGACCAUUUGCUUCUACACCUUUCUCGCCAAUGUCAACAGCAGCAACUUUACCGUGGCCACCAAGGCCAUCAUCGCCGAGUUUCACGUCUCCCAGACUCAAGCCGGCGAGCUCGUCUGCUUCAAUGUAUUCCUUUUCGGCCUUGGCAACAUCUUCUGGGUCCCGCUGAUGCGCGUCAUCGGUAAGCGACCGGUCUAUUUGGUCUCCAUGCUGCUGUUGUCCACCAUGAAUGUGUGGUCAUCGCGUGCCACCAGCUACGGCGAGCUACUCGCCGCGCGCAUUCUGUCCGGCUUUGCUGCUGCUGCCGCCGAUGCCACCGUCCCUGCUGUGGUCAGCGACAUGGUCGCUCCCCACGAGCGCGGCCACUACCUCAUGAUUUUCCACCUCGCCCUGACCAGUGGUUUAUUCCUCGGGCCGUUGAUCAACGCUUAUCUGGUGCAAGACGAGGACUGGCGUUGGAUGUGUUACUUUCUCGCAGUGGCAGUGGGGUCCGUUCUCGUGGUCGCUAUUUUCACCAUCCGUGAAACCACCUACCUCCGACACGUUGUCUCUCGCAGAAACUACCGGGACUGGCUGUCGCUGACACAUGGAUAUAACCCGGAUGCAUCAUUCAUCCGAACCACCUGGGAUAUUCUCCGCAACGCGGCAUAUCCGCAGCUGCUAUGGUGUUCCCUCACCAUCGGUAUCUCGGUUGGAUGGAACAUCGUGGUCCAACUCACCGCAUCCCGCACCUUCACGGCACCCCCCUACAACUGGCCGGCCGGGAGUAUCGGUCUCCUCUCGCUGUCCGGUUUCAUCGGCUCCCUUCUCGCCUUCUACCUGGGCGGUCGUCUGAUCGAUAUCAUCUCCACGCGAUACACGCGCCAUCACGGCGGUCCCCGACUGCCCGAGUACCGACUACCCGUGAUGAUUAUCCCCGGGACAAUCGGGCCCGCCGGGAUCCUGAUCUUCGGACUAUGCGUAGCUCACCAGACACAUUGGGCGGGCGCGGCAGUUGGAUACGCCAUGCAGGCAUUCGGAGUGGCUGCGAUAUCCAACGUGGCGGUAACCUAUGCGCUGGAUUGUUACAAGCCCAUCACGGGCGAGGCAUUGGUAAUCAUCUUCGUAAUCCGCAACACCAUCGGGAUGCUGCUCUCGCUGUACGCAGCAGACUGGAUCAACCGACAAGGCGCAGCGAAAGUGUUCGGCGAAAUGACGGCCAUUCAGGGGGUGAGUGUAGUGAUGGCGGUGCCGUUGUUUAUUUGGGGGGAGAAGCUGCGGGGACUGACGGGACGAUAUGGGCCGAUGAAGCGGUUUGCUUAGAAUCGUAGCCUUGGUUACUUCCUCUUCAAACUUCA